AUGCGACAACCAUCGAGUCCCUCAAUUAAGACUAACCCCUCUCCUUUUAAGCUACGCGAGCAAAACCCCUCAUCACCACCAAAAGUCUGUAUAGUCGGCGCAGGACUUUCUGGACUUCGAUGCGCCGAUAUACUACUCCAACAUGGCUUUGACGUUACAAUCCUCGAAGGUCGUGAUCGAAUCGGUGGCCGAGUUCAUCAAAUAAAUUUGCCAUCCGGCCCAUUGGUCGAUCUAGGAGCAAAUUGGCUUCACGGUAGCGACGAUCAACCAUUAUUGGAUAUGGCCAAUAGUACCAAUACGGAAGUGCAUACGUGGGCUGAAAAGGGGAUAUGGUUUGGAGAAGAUGGGAAGCCUCUUGCUGAUGGGGAUGCAAUGAUGAAUGAAGUGUGGGAAAUUAUUCAUGGGGCGUUUAAGUACUCGGAGGAAAAUUCGGAGAGUAUUGAUCCUGAUAAGAGUCUUUAUGAUUUUAUUGAAGAGAAACUUUUGGAAAAGUAUCCCGAUGAUGCGGAGAAGAGAAGAAUUUCGAUUCAGUUUGCUGAUAUAUGGGGAACUUUUGUCGGGAGUUCAGUAAAGAAGCAAAGUUUGAAAUUCUUUUGGCUAGAAGAGUGCAUCGACGGAGCAAAUAUUUUCGUCGCUGGAACAUACAAGAACAUCCUCGCUCAGGUCGCCAAACCAGCUUUGGAGAAUGCAAAAAUCAAAUACUUAACAAAAGUAACUCGCGUGGAAACAAAUUCGGAAAAUAUCACCGUAUUCAUCGAUGACGGCAAAAGUUUAGAAUUCGACGAAGUAGUAAUGACCACGCCACUCGGCUGGUUAAAGAAAAACAAGCAAGCAUUCCAACCUGCACUCCCCACCCGAUUUCUUUCCGCCAUUGACUCCCUCGGCUAUGGCUGUCUCGAAAAAGUCUACAUAACAUUUCCCCACGCGUUCUGGAGCAAUCCCAACCUUCCUCCCUCCGCCCAAACUUUCGACGGUUUCACCCAAUGGCUCGCUCCCACCUACACCCGCACCACCAAUCCUCACAAAUGGCAUCAAGAAAUCGUACCGCUCUCCUCAUUCACUCCCGAAAAUGCACACCCCACGCUGCUCCUCUACAUCUACGGCGAGCAAUCUCAACUCUUCGCGCACACCCUCUCGAGACUGGGUAGCCCGGCCGAAAAAGACGCAUUCCUGGUUUCCUUUUUCCAGCCCUACUAUUCGCUGCUCCCUAACUACGAAGAGGGGAAUGCGGAUUGUACACCAUUGUCUUGUGUGGGUACGACGUGGGUCAAUGAUGAUCUGGCGGGAAACGGAAGUUAUACGAACUUUCAAGUGGGGUUGCGCGAGGGGGAUGCGGAUGUGAAGGUUUUGAGAGAGGGGCUGCCGGAGAGGAGAUUGUGGUUUGCGGGGGAGCAUACGGCGCCUUUUAUUGCGUUGGGGACGACGACGGGGGCUUAUUGGAGUGGGGAGGCGGUUGGGGAGAGGAUGGUGGAGGUUUAUGGGAUGGGUGGGAAAGGGGAAAAGAUGUGA